AUGGAACGAGCAAUAGACAAGAAAAAAAAUAGCUUAGGUCGGGUGAAAAAGGAACCGAUCGUUGUCAAAUCUUCCGACAAGAAUGCUGCGAGAAAAGGCCACGUUGUCUGUGUCACAAACGUUCCUUCAUCGCUGUGUGCCAGUGAGCGCACUGUACGCGACUUUUUCACCGAGUACGGCAUGCUGCUUUCGGUCACGAUUCACCACAAUUUCUUAGAUAUGGAAUCAGACGGGUUCAUGUAUCUCGAAUAUGCUGAAAAGACGGAAGCGGAGGCUGCUGUCACUGCAGUGAAGGAGAAAACUGUCGGUCUAGCCGCUUCCAGCAACGUCUCGUAUAAAAGAGCGGUGGAGCCUGCUGAGAUAUCCAGAAUGUAUGCAGUGUUGGCCUUGCCUCGCGGAGAGCCAAAGUUUGAAGUUGACGAAGGCAUUAAAGAUAUUUUGCUGGGCAAAUUCCAGCUGAAUCGAUUCUCGCAGAGCCAACAGGAUCAAACAAUGGAUGAUGAUGAUCUCAUUCUGCAAAGUUUAUCGCAGCCCUCGUUCGUUAAUUCUCAAACAAAGCGUAAAAGGAAGCAACGUAAACAUUCCGAUAAAGCCAAAAUUUCAGCAUAG